UACAAAAAGAUUAUACAUCGCUAGUGAUGUAUCCUGACGAGGAUUGCGCUAUGGAUAAUGAACAAACUCUUACUAAUGAAAUUCUUGUGAAAAAAAGGACGCAGAGUUUGCCUAAAAAUGAGGCUACUAAUUUGGAAAAUUUUACGUCGGAUCCUUUAAUAUCUGUGUCGCGUGUGAAGCCGUUUACUAACAAAUCGCAAGGAUCGGAGGCUAAUAUAAAAUGGGAAGAAAUAUUUUCUCAAUAUAUAUUAUGCGAGCUUUAUAGAUAUGAGUACAACGACGCGCAGAGAUUGAAAGCACAACUCACGCAAGUUUGCCUAAAUUUUGAGCCACUUGAACAGGACGAAUAAUCAACUGUUUGCUUAAUUUAAUAUAUUCAGUUUUAUAAUUACUAAUGUAUAUUAGAAUAAGAUUGAUGAUAAAAAAAAAUAAAAUAAAAAUAUAUAUAUAAAUAUUUUUAUUAU